GUUGUCUCUGUUCAAGUCCACACACUCUCACUCACUCACUCCCACUUUCUCUCUCUUCCCCCACAAAACCCUCAAUCUCUCUCUCUAAGCUAAAAAUUCUUCCAACAAAAUCAUUCCCUUUUCAUCUUUAAUCAUCAUAAUCAUUAAUUCUUACCAAAUAUAACCCACUUUAAUUACCUCAUUUAGUCACAUUUAUUAAUCAUUAAACUUAUCACUUCACUGUUCUUUUAAUUUUCCUCACAUUUAUCUCUGCAUUUGCCAUUUUAUUCUAGUUCGAGUUGUCCGACUUGACUCGUUUUUAACUCAGAUCUGAGAUAAUAAUAGAGGAAUAACAAGGUAAAUCUAUACAUUAUACUACAUCAUAGGACUAUAGGAGUACUAGUAAAAUUAGCUUAAUAAGAGUUGGAAUCUCUAAAAAGUAAGAAUUUUGAGAUUCGUUUUUUUUUUUUUACUUUUACUUUUUCCUUCUUCUUUGAGAACUUUUCUCGAUUUCUGCAUUUUUUUUAGAAGUUAUGUUGAUUUUACUCUUGCAAUUUUAAAAAAUUUGAACAAAAAAAUGAAGUUCAAACACACUGUAACUUUCUGUAUUGUUCAAUAUCAGUAAAAAAGUGCACUACUUUUGACGACAACUGCUUUAUUUGUUGCUUUUAUUUGGAAUUUUGUUUUGUCUCUUUUUUUGCACUGUUUUUUUCUGCUUAGAAAUUAGCGCGAAGUUGUUUAAAUUCCUUGAAUAUAUCAGUGUUUAACGGCGCACAUUUGUUUAAAAUUUGUUAGGUUUUUUGAGGUGAAGAAAUAAGCAACCCCAGAAAAAGAAGAGAGAAAUAUGAGGGUUUUCUCAAUUUAUUCUGUAGUUUUAGUGGUGUUGUUUUCUGGGUUGUUUAGUUAUGGAGCAAAUGGUAGUUUACUUGAUGAUGAUAAGAAAGCUUUGCUUGAUUUUGUGAACAAUGUUCCUCAUUUACAUGCUCUUAAUUGGAGUAAGAGUUCUUCAAUUUGUAGUAAUUGGACUGGGAUUACUUGUAAUGCUGAUUUGAGUCGAGUAAUCGCGGUCCGAUUGCCGGCAGUUGGGUUUAAUGGUGAGAUUCCGGCGAGGACUAUUAGCCGGCUUUCGGCCUUGCAGAUAUUAAGCCUUAGAUCAAAUGAUAUUAGUGGCACAUUUCCUUCAGAUUUUACCAAUCUGAAGAAUUUGUCUAUGUUAUAUCUUCAGUUUAAUAACUUUUCUGGUCCAUUACCUACUGAUUUUUCUGCUUGGGAGAAUCUUAGUGUACUGAAUUUGUCGAAUAACCGGUUUGAUGGGAGUAUACCCAAGUCGAUUUCGAGCUUGACCCAGCUUUCAGAUUUGGAUCUUGCUAACAAUUCUAUCUCUGGUGAGAUUCCUGAUUUGGGUUUACCAAAUUUACAAGUGUUGAACUUGUCAAAUAACAAUCUUACUGGCCUUGUCCCGAGCUCGUUUCAAAGGUUUCCGAGGUCAGCAUUUGUUGGGAAUGAUGUCGGGUUGGUGAAUUCCUCAGUUGAGCAAUCGGAUAUAUCGCCUGAGCCUGGAUCAAGGUCCAAGCCCAAGAACUGGUGGAGGCAACCUUGGUUCUUAGCCAUUGUAAUUGGGUGUGGUUUUCUUGGUGUUGUAGCUUUUGGGUUUAUAAUCUUCGCUUGUUGUUUAAGAAGAAAAGAUGAUGAUGGAUUCACUGGGAAGUUCCCUAAGGGAAGUAUGUCCCCCGAGAAAGCAACCUCAGGUAGUCAAGAUUCUAAGAACAGGCUCGUGUUUUUCGAGGGUUGCAAUUAUGCAUUUGAUUUAGAAGAUCUUUUGAGGGCUUCUGCAGAAGUUUUAGGGAAGGGGACGUUUGGUAUGUCUUACAAGGCAAUUCUGGAGGAUGCAAAUGUUGUGGUAGUUAAGAGGUUAAAAGAAGUCAGCGCUGGGAAGCGCGAGUUUGAGCAGCAGAUGGAUUUGAUUGGUAGCAUUAGACAUGAGAAUGCUGUUGCACUUCGAGCUUAUUACUACUCAAGGGAUGAAAAGCUAAUGGUAAAUGACCAUUGCAGCCAGGGGAGUGUCUCUGCCAUGCUACACAGUCAAAGAGGAGAAGAUAGGACCCCUUUAGACUGGGAAACACGGUUAAGGAUAGCCUUAGGUGCAGCAAGAGGAAUCGCUCACCUCCACACCAUCAACGGAGGGAAAUUUGUGCACGGUAACAUACGAUCCUCAAACAUCUUCCUCAACUCCUUAAAAUAUGGCUGUGUUUCAGAUUUUGGGUUAGCAUCCGUAAUGAGUCCAUUGGCCCCUCCGAUUUCUCGAGCUGCUGGUUAUAGAGCACCCGAAGUGACAGACACCCGGAAGGCAACCCAAGCAUCUGAUGUCUACAGUUUUGGAGUAUUCUUGCUUGAGCUUCUUACUGGAAAAUCACCAGUCCACACAACCGGAGGUGAUGAACUCGUUCAUCUGGUGAGGUGGGUUCAUUCUGUAGUCCGAGAAGAGUGGACUGCCGAAGUUUUUGAUCUUGAGAUCCUGAGAUUUCCUCAUGUUGAAGAAGAGAUGGUAGAGAUGUUACAGAUAGCUUUGACUUGUGUGGCUAGGGUCGCAGAUCAAAGACCCAGAAUGCCAGAUCUCUUAAAGAUGAUUGAGGAGGUGCGGCAUUGUCUUGCUGAGGUUCAACCUGAAACUGCCUCUGUGCCAGUUCCACCACAAUAGCUGGUUCUGUGUGCUCAGACACUAUUAUACCUGAAAUACCCAUUCCUAAUCCACGACACUUUGUCAUGGGUAUGCGUAGAACACUUCAACACUUCAUUCUGGGCCAAAAUCAUGGAAUUUGUUCAUAGAUUAGCAUAGUCAAACACGUAUCGCAUCUGAUAUGAGUACACGAGUGAUGAGUUGAAAUAACAUAGAGCUGGUUAGUUGUGUUAUUUUGAUUCUUCUUUCCAAACUUAAAGUUCUUUCAUCAAGAAAUCUGAAUGACCGAAUUGCUGGUUUUAUAUAAUUCCUGGCUAAGUAUGAAAAAUCAGAUGGAAUUUCUCAAAAAUAGUGGGGUUUGAUCCUUGUAGGGUAGCUGCUUAGCUGUAGAAGAUGUCAUAGUGGAAGACUUUCUUUUUUGGGUUUGUUUUUCGCCCAUUCUGUUUGUUUUUUGAUGUUUGUUGUAAUUCUCAUUUCAAGCUGUAUUGAAAGGAAUGUUUUUAUCAUUAAAUUACUGAGAAUGUCUUAGUAUUAUUACUUUA